AUGGUUGGAAAUAACGUAUGGUCGCAUGCUGACCAAAGUUCGGAUCCUAGCAUGGGAUACCCCAAGAUCCUUAAAGCUGAUCCUGCGUACUAUUAUGACUACUGCGUCAAGGAGUUCGAAGAAGGGAAGCUGCAGUGGCAGUUGACUAUGAGGCCGCUCGAAUGCAGGAAUUCCAAUUUCGGUGGAAAAUCGUCUGACUCAUAUGUGGUGCUACGAGGUGUACCACACGUUGCUUGGUAUCUCUAUGGCACGUACGACACUUUGGAAGACUGUCAAACUGAUACCAAUUUUGAUGGAGAUCUUUAUUUCCAAGUUCAGUCGGACUGCAAUUCGAGACAGGGAAGUUGGGCGUGUAUGAUUUUGGGCGCAUGCACUGUCGAAGUGGAGGCCACGGGUUCAUCAGGGUAUCAUUGGAUUGCGUAUUUGGUUAUCACUCUU